CAAUCUCUGCAUAUAAUAAUCCUCCUCUCACUCUGCAUUUUUCUUUUCCUUACCAUGACCAAGUUCAUGGUACUUUACUUACAUAUGCUUGAUCUUUAGCCAUGAUCCAUGGGGAAGGUGGAUGGGCUUUCUUUUUCUUUAUCGAUUUAAGUUCUGUUCUUGAUGCUUCCAUUGAGCUCUAGGUAAAUUCAGAUGAGGUCAUGUCUAGGUAAUUGAUCGAACCAACCCGAGAUGUGCUGUCACGCCUUUGUAUAUCAGCCCAUCGGUUUUUUCGAGUUUGAUGAUCGAGUCUCAACUUUGUUCUGGCUUCUGAAUGGAUGUUUUCCCUUAUGUUUGGGGAAUUUGCAGGGUUGGGUAUGGGAUGGAUCGAAGUUCUUUUAGUUCAAAAUUUGCCUUUUGUUUUCUGGGGCGUAUACAUUUGGUAUUCUGGAAAGGAAAUAUGGAGCUUGGGUCAUGGAGGUAAUUUUUUGUAGGGUAGACUUUAUGUAAUUAACUUUUGAGAAACAGGGCGGGUCACAAAUGGAAUAGGACUAAUUGUUGGGUUCGUGUUAAGUUCCUUGAUUAUCUAGAUCUAAAUCAAAAACAAUUCUCAGUCUCACCGGACUCGUGUAAUGGAAGAAAAACGUUUGCUUAGGAAAUAAGGUGUCUUUAGAUAAGUCAUAUGCAUGCACUGAAACAUGGUUCUGUUUGCUUUUAGUUAAAGGAUGAUUGAAAUGGAAUCACUACGUAAAACGGUCACAUUUUAUGUGGUACUAAACAGUGAUGAUUUCGUCCAGUGAAUAUCAAUUGAAAUCGCAGAUAUACUUCAGGCAUUGAAGAGCAAGCAUCGGGAUGUAGCGACAAGGUUUCUUAUUACGAAGACAGUUAAAUUUAUACCACGAGAAACUCGAUCCAACUGAAUCAGUUGACUACUCCACUCGACAUCAAGAACCACUUGUGAUCGGGAUUUCCAAACAUGGAGAAAGUUUGUGAGUUCUGCAUGGCAUUGAGGCCAGCUGUUUAUUGCCAGGCCGACUCCGCUCUCCUCUGCCUCUCCUGCGACUCCAAAGUCCAUUCAGCCAACGCCCUCUCGAAUCGCCACCCUCGAUCCCUCCUCUGCGACUCGUGCCGAGUACGCCCUGCCUCAGUUCGGUGUAAGGACCACAGGAUGUUCAUGUGCCAGAGCUGCGACAGGAGCCUGCACAGCAGCAGUGGCCACGCUUCGCAGCAGCAGCACCAGAAACGGGUCAUCAGCAGCUACAUUGGGUGCCCUUCUGCCAAGGAUUUUGCAGCAAUUUGGGAUUUGGACUUAAAUGAACUGACCGAUGUUUCUCGUUCGACUCUAAAUGUCUCUUCCUUGCAAGAGUUUGUGGAUUCGAGGGAUGCGAGUUUGGAUGCUCCGAUGCAAUAUCACUGGCAGCAGAGGAGAACCUCCUCGGUGGGGUCUAUUAUGAGCUGCACGACUUCUGCCUGUGCUGGGAUGCCUAAUGCUAAUACGAACAAUCAACAAUCUAACAAGAUAUCACAUAAUGGUCAAAACCAGCCACAGCAGCAAAAUCAAUCAUCUCAGUUUAUUCUGCAACAGAUUCUUGACUUGAAAAGGCUUCAGCUCAAUGAAGGGAACUGCUUCUCGCCCAUGAUGCGCAGGAAAGAAGAAAAGGAUGUGUCGUCUUCAUUGGGUAAGGCUCUGAGGAGAAUUGAUGAAGCCACAAAUGAGAAUUCACAGCAUUCCCGAGACCUCGAAGCCGAGUUCCUACAGAGUGUCACUCCGCUUGAGGAGCUGAGAUCAGAAGAUUUCGCUUCACCAUUUUCUUCGACAGAGAAUUAUCCUUGUUCAAAUGCUGGCGUCUCUCUGCUCGGAGAUUCAUUUUGGCAGUGCAGGAGCCCCUUACAGACUAGUCAGUUCAUGUCUCAAAACAUCCAAGAUCUCGGGGUGUGCGAAGACCUUAUGUGCCGGGAUGAUUUCAACAGCAUCCCCGAAGUAGAUAUGACGUUCCAAAACUUUGAAGAACUUUUCGGAGGAGACCAAGAUCCUGCCCGAGGACUUCUCAUGAGAGAUAAUGAUCUGUCCUGCUCCUCAUUGGACAGGACAAUAUCGCUCGACAAAUCCGAGAAUAGCCAAGCACAUGUAACAGAGGAUGCGUCGGCUUCUUCCUCCAUAUAUUCGGGAUCGGUUGCCCAUGUGAACUCUGACACGACUCUAUCAAAACAUCGACCCCAGAUUCAACUGUCUUACUCGGAGCUGUCAUUGUCCAUUUCACAAGAAACAGAAGGAAGAGCAUUUGGUUCACCUGACGACAGUGCUGCAGAUUUGGAAAUAAAAGAGAAUGCUGUGAGAAGACACCGAGAUAAGAAGAAAGCCCGGCUGGAUGGUGACAAAACUUGGCGCGCUUUACCGAGAGAGAGAACCGGUGUAGGGAGGCGAGUAAAGGGCAAGAUGGGCAAGUCAGGACACAAUUCUGAUGACAUAUCGACACGAAACUAUUGAGCUAGUUCUUUUCUCCGUGCUGGUGUACAUAUAUCAACUCUAACCAACUGAUCAAAAUCACCGAUAAUUAUCAUACUGUCAAUUCAAUUGAUUUUUUCUGUGUUUAUAUAGUGGUUGUGCAAAACAGAUGAAAGUUUAGGCAUAUUAUCCUCACUAGGCUACAUUUCUUCUUC